AUGGUGCUGGUCAGCCUGGUGGAGGGCGGCGACGUGGGCGCCAAGCCUGUCUGGGUCAAGCCCGCCGCCCUCGUGCCGGCCAACCCCGAGACGCUCGACGGCGUGGAUGACGUCGGCGCGCUGUCUCACCUCAACGAGCCUUCGCUGCUGCGGGUGGUGAUGGCGCGGUACGCGGCGCGCUCGAUCUACACGCGCGCCGGGCCCGUCCUCGUCGCGAUCAACCCCUUCACCAAGGUCGCUGGCCUCUAUGACGCCGCGACGAUGCGCUCGUACCAGUCCGCCGCCGCCGCGGCCGCCGCUGCCGCAGAGCGGGACGGGCCUGCUCUGCCGCCGCACCUGUACCAGGUGGCGGGCGCGGCGUACUACGACAUGGCGGCGCGCGGCCGCUCCCAGUCGGUCGUGAUCAACGGCGAGUCUGGCGCUGGGAAGACGGAGAGCGCCAAGAUCAUCCUGUCCUUCUUCAUCUCUGCCGCGUCCGCGGCGGGCAAGGGUGGCGGAGGAGGCACGACCAAGGUGGGCGAGGUGCUGCAGGCGGAGCUCGACGCGUCCAACGUGCUGCUCGAGGCGUUCGGGAACGCAAAGACCACGCGCAACCACAACUCGUCCCGCUUCGGCAAGCUGCUGCAGCUUCGCUUCUCUCCGACGGGCGCCCUGACCGGCGGGUCGAUCUCUCGCUUCCUUCUCGAAAAGUCGCGCGUCGUCUCGCCCGAGGCGGACGAGCGGUCGUACCACGCGCCGUACCAGCUCGCCUCCUGCUGCCGCGCAAGGGCAGGCACGCCCGCCGCAGACCUCGCCGUGCGGCUGGGGCUGCGCGGCGCGGGCACGUACCGCUAUCUGAGUGCCGGAGGCUGCCUCCUCGUCGACGGCGUGGACGAUGCGGCGGAGUUCGAGGCGACCAACGCCGCGCUGACCGCCAUUUACGACGGCGGCGGCGGCGACGCGGCCGCGGGCUCCGCCGAGGCGGUGUGGGCGGUGGUGGCUGCGGUGCUCACUCUUGGCGACAUCGAGUUCCGCGAGCCGGCGGAGGAGGAGGGGGCGGUGGCGGCGCUACGGCUUGCGGCGAGGCUGCUGGGCUGCGGCGACGCGGAGCUGCUGACGGCGCUCAACUCGAGGACCAUCUCGGCCGGCGGCGAGGAGAUGGUCAUCUGCAAGAAGCUGCCCGAGGCGCGCGCCUCGCGCGACGCUCUCGCCAAGGCGCUGUACGAGCGCCUCUUCGACCACAUCAUCUUUGCCCUCAACCGCUCUCUCGCCGCCGUCGGGCAGGGAAGUGGCCGCGGGGCGGCGGCGGCCUCCUCGGCAGGGAUCGGCAUCCUCGACAUCUUUGGCUCGGAGAUCUUCGCCACCAACGGCUUCGAGCAGCUGCUGAUCAACUACGCGAACGAGAAGCUGCAGGCGCACUUCACUGCGGCGGCCAUCACCGCAGAGUACCUGCGCGAGGGGCUCGCGGUGGACCGGGUCGAGUACACCGACAACGCGGCCACCAUCGCGCUGCUCGAAGGCAAGCCCCUCUCCGUGCUCGCCGUCCUCGAUGACCAGUGUCUGCAGGCGGGCGCGACCGACGCGUCGCUGACGGCCGCGCUGCACUCUUCCUUCGACGGGCAUGCGUCAUACGGCACGCCGCGCAUCGCCUCCUCGGAACCUUCUCGGAGCCCUCUCGGACUGGUCUCUGAGCCGUCUCGGGCCCCUUUCGCAGGCACGCCCCGCAUCGGCGCCGACCGCGCCUUCACGAUUGGCCACUUCGGAGGCCGCGUCACGUACUCGGUGGCCGGCUUCCUCUCCAAGAACAAGGACGCACUCUUCGCGGAGCUACCGUCGACCAUGCGCGCCUCGGCCUCGCCCUUUGUAGCGCAGCUCUUCUCCGAGGCGGCGGAGCAGCGGCGGCAGCAGGCCCCUUCGGGCGACGGCGGCGCGGCGGCGGCCGGCAAGCCCACCGCCACGAACUUCGUGUCGGUGGGGUCUCAGUUCCGCGGGUCCAUUGCCUCGCUCGUCGGCACGCUCGGCGCCACGCAGAGCCACUUUGUGAGGUGCAUCAAGCCCAACGAAGUGCGGGGCCCGUUCGUGCUCUGGCCCGCGGUGGCGCUAGCGCAGCUCCGCUGCUGUGCGGUGCUCGAGGCGGUGCGGGUCUCGCAGGCCGGCUUCCCCACCCGCAUCCCCUUCGACGAC